AUGGGCGUUCAAUCCAAAGAGGUCGUUCCGCCAUGGGGCCUGGCAGUUGCUGGCGCGACUGGUGCCGUUCUCGCGAAUGCUCUUGUGUACCCGCUGGACAUGUACGAAGCAUUGUUGAUGGUGGAGAGUGCUUCGAAUGCUAAUCAGCUGGCAGAGNUCAAGACGCGUCUGCAAGUUCAAGUAAAGAGAAAGCCGAAUGAUGUAUCGACUACUACAAAUGAUCGACACUACGAAGGCACUCUGCACGCAAUCAACUGUAUCAUUGAGGAUGAGGGUCUGGCAGGUCUAUAUUCGGGCAUGUUCGGUUCGCUUCUUGGAGUCGCAAGCACGAAUUUCGCCUACUUCUAUUGGUACUCUGUUGUUCGAACCUUGUACGUUUCACGACUCGCCGUCCCCGGGCCUCCGUCGACCGCCAUCGAGCUCAGCUUAGGCGCAGCUGCCGGAGCUCUCGCACAGCUCUUCACGAUCCCAAUUGCAGUCGUUACGACGAGACAGCAGACACAACCCAAGGNNGGAGACAAGAGAGGCAUGUUGGAAACAGCANAAGAGGUCGUCAACAGCGAGGACGGCUGGACAGGGUUGUGGAGAGGCAUGAAGGCGAGCUUACCGCUUAUCGUUGCAAAGGUCGGUCUACAAUCCAGACCGCCGCCUGCUAGAAUGGGCAAGCCCUUCAGUUCUUUCCUCGAAGUUAUGAGGUACAUCAUCGACAACGAAGGCCCCAUGGGGCUCUUCAAGGGCAUUGGUCCUCAAAUCCUGAAAGGGUUGUUGGUACAAGGACUUCUGAUGAUGACANAAGAGAGAAUGGAGCUCAUGUUCGUUCUGCUCUUCAGAUAUGUGCGUAAGCUCAGGGCAGAGAAGUUGCAGAAGGUUGCAGAGUUCGCAGCCGAGAAGGCGAGGAAAGUCGCCCCUGUUAUGAUGAAGUAG